AGUCGGACUCGGUGGACGGAAGACGUCAACUCCGAACAGUUGGAGUAGCCUUGCAGCACGGCAUAAACAUCACCAGAUGACAAUUGGUACCAACUGAACUCCAGAAACACCUAGUUCUCUUUCUUUGUUCUGUGCUCCAGUAUAGCGGUAACUUGUCGUCGGCGUCCAGGCAUAACACAACCCAGCUAGCGGACGUGAAACAGAAUCCCGUCCCAAAAUGGCUUCCGAACUGCCAGCAUACAUCCUCUCGGCGCUCACCUCGGUGGGCGGCAUCAUCGGCUACGUGCGCACGGGGAGCGUCCCCAGCAUCACCGCGGGCCUGACGGUUGGAAUCCUGUACGGCCUCGGCGGCUUCCGCAUCUCGAGAAAACAGCCCUACGGCGUCGAGCUCGCGCUCCUGGCCUCCGUGCUGCUCGCCGGCAGCAGCAUCCCGCGCGCCAUCAAGACGGGCAAGCCCCUCCCCGCGGGGCUGGGCGUGCUGGCCGCCACGGGGCUGGUCAUCUACGGCCGAGCGUUUUUGGCCAAGUAAGAUAUGAGUCCAUGUGUGGGUGCCGGAACAGCUCCCCAGGUGUCCGAACGUGGGAGAUGAAGAGGGAGGGGGGGGGAUCUAGGCGAUGGAAGGAGGGCAGCGGACGAAGUAUGGUAAUGGUGAUUGAAGUACAAUGAAAGCGGUACUGAUGUUGUUCGCCUGGGCAGAGCAGGCCAAAAACAAUUGACAUUUCACGGUCGUCCAUUCAUGGAUGGGGUAUCUCGUUCAUACCGAUACAAAAGCUCGGAAGAAAUAAAAACAGAAAACUCCCCUCAGCCCAGAAAGCUUCCAGCUCCUGGUCCGGUCGCUAUGCC